GGUGCCGUUAUAGUCCAUCCCUCUCCAAUGGCACAAGCUUCCGGUCGUUGGAGAGAUCGUUGAUCUUCUGAGACUCUGAUAUCAUUCGAAGUGGAAAGUCGCCAUCCUGAAGUUUGGGAAGAGUUGGAUGGCCCUCUCCUUGGCGAACCUGAUGGUUGUUUCAGAGCCCCUCCAUCACAGGUUUUUAUCUUAUCAGCUGCACCUCGGUGGCGUGCCGGCCGCGCGGAUCGGCCGCAGUGGGCAGCUCCGACCCGCUUAAGCACCCGCUAAGCCGGCGGCAGUGUGGUUCUGACCGCCCACUUCACACCUCUCCCUAAAAUACUCACCCAUCCCCGCUCUGCUUAGCGAGAGGCUUCUGCUAGCUGCUGUUAUCAUCGAAACUCAUUAGGACCCCUUCCUCCUUACAAACCACUUGUAUCUAUCAAACACCGUAACGAGGGUGGCUCGGAGCCAGCAUCAUGUGGGGAGCAUUAACUUCCUCAUCUUCGGCCACGCCGCCACCAGAUACCGUCUCGGCAGAGGAGAACCAGAAUGAGGGCUCCAAACUCAGGACGUUCAUCUCUAUCCUAAGAAAAUUCAUCGGAGUAUCCGACCUCGCCUCGGUCCGAUUUUCACUACCCUCACAGCUUCUCGAGCCGACCCCGAAUCUCGAGUACUGGAACUACCUCGACUCUCCGAAUGCGUUUGUCGCUAUUGGAACAGCAGACGACCCGGUCGACCGCAUGCUGGAGGUGUUGCGUUUCUGGUUCACCAAAGACCUGAAAUAUGCAAAGGGCAAGCCAUGCAAACCAUACAACUCUUGUUUGGGCGAGUUCUUCAGGUGCAAUUGGGAGACACAGGACGACGCUCCUAGGAUUGAUACGAGGGCCCUACGGGCGAGGGACAGCGCGCCUGGCAGCAGCGCGUCGAGUACGAAGUCAGCGAAGCUCGCGGUCCCUAAUGGGCUCGGCUCUGGUGCCCGUGGCGCUUCGAGCGUGUCGGUCUCACAAUCGGUGACCAACCCGACCAAGCCGGUCCGGGUUUCAUACCUGACGGAGCAGACAUCGCACCACCCGCCCGUCAGCGCCUUCUACAUCAGCUGCCCGGAGAAAGGGCUCCAUGCCAAGGGGUUCGACCAGAUCACGGCAAAGUUCACCGGCACGUCAAUCAAGGUGAUGCCGGGAGAGCACAAUCUCGGCAUUUUCAUCACCGUGGAGCGGCGCGACCACGAGACAUACCAGCUGACGCACCCUGCGGCCCAUCUCGGCGGUAUUCUUAGGGGUGCGCUGAGCGUGACGGUUGGCGAUAUGGCCUACAUCACUUGCCCGGAGACCAAGCUCAAGGCCAUCCUGCAAUACUACGACGACGGCUGGCUUGGUCGGACCACGAACAAGGUGGAGGGCAUCAUCUUUCAAUACGAUCCGGAAAAUGAUAACAAGCAGCGUAUCGCCGACGUCCCAGAGGAUGAUAUUCUUGUGCGUUUAGGGGGGGCAUGGAAGGAGAAGAUCGUUUUCACCCUCGGUCCAAAGCCUCUGAACUCCCACCCCCCAGAGGCGCAAACCACCAUCAUUGACAUCGCCCCCCUCACGGUAGCACCCAAAGUCCUUCCUCCGGCCGAGCAGCAGCUCCCCAACGAGUCGCUGACUCUCUGGGGCGAGGUGACAAAGGCCAUCCUGUCGAAGCAGUACUCGCAGGCGACGUCUGUCAAACAGGAGCUUGAGGAAGCCCAGCGCGAGAAGGCCCGUGAGCGGGAGCGGAAGGGCGAGACGUGGAAGCCCGUCUUCUUCGAGCAGGCGAUUGACAAGGCCGGCAAGCCGUCGCUGACGGAGAAGGGCAGGGAGGUGCUUAACCGCGCGCAGAAAGGGGAGUGGAGUUUGGAGGGCAUCGUUCCCUAGACGGUGAGGUGCUAAUAAGGGGCGGUUGUUCUCCAUGGGCUGGAUGCAUUUGGAUUGCGAUGGAGGAGGUUUCUGGCCGGGGCACCAUUUGUCUUUUGUCUGGUGGUUUCUGCCCUCUUCGAUCCCUGGGUUGCAUAUAUAUUCUCUUGCGGCUUUGCUGGGUGCUUUGGGCGUUGGUGUUGCAUGCUGACGCGUUCGGGAUGGGGAGGGUUAAGUGGACAAUUUCCGCG